GGCAAAAAGGACGUUUCCCAGAUAUUUAACAACAUCUUGAGAAGACAAAUUGGCACACGCAGCCCUACUGUGGAAUACAUUAGCGCCCAUCCACAUAUCCUAUUCAUGCUUCUAAAAGGAUAUGAAUCCCCAAAUAUUGCCUUACGCUGUGGAAUUAUGCUGAGAGAGUGUAUCCGGCAUGAACCCUUGGCCAAAAUUAUACUUUUUUCGGAACAGUUCAGAGACUUUUUUAAAUAUGUGGAAAUGUCAACAUUUGAUAUAGCUUCUGAUGCCUUUGCUACAUUCAAGGACCUGUUAACACGACACAAAUUGUUGGUAGCAGAAUUUCUGGAACAAAAUUAUGAUGUGAUCUUUGAGGAUUAUGAAAAACUCCUUCAUUCUGAGAAUUAUGUAACAAAGAGACAAUCUUUGAAGCUGCUGGGUGAAUUGAUUCUGGACCGACACAACUUUGCCAUCAUGACAAAAUACAUCAGCAAACCAGAAAAUCUGAAGCUGAUGAUGAACUUGCUGCGAGAUAAAAGCCCCAACAUUCAGUUUGAAGCAUUCCACGUGUUCAAG